UAAUCUUUGAUAAAAACAUAAAGUUUUGUAGAUAACUAACAAUAUGGAUGGAAACAAUUGUCAGGUGCCACCAUUUUCACACUUUGCUACUAAACUUUUACACGAAGGGCAAGAGCCUGAACAGUGGGAGUCAAGAGCUAUAAUUCCUCCAAUAUCUUUAUCCACAACAUUUAAACAAGACAGCCCUGGUAUUCAUCAUGGAUACGAAUAUUCCAGGAGUGGCAAUCCUACUCGAUCUUGUUUUGAAAAAUGUGUAGCUGCAAUGGAAGGCGGAAAAUAUUGCUUAUCUUUUGCAUCUGGAUUAGGAGCUUCCUCUACUAUAAUGUUAUCAAUAGAAUCAGGUUCUCAUGUUAUUUGCAUGGAUGAUGUUUAUGGAGGUACUAACAGAUUAUUUUCAAAAGUUUGGGCAAAAAGUGGUCUUGAAUUUGAUUUUGUAGACUGCAGAGAUAUUGAUCUGGUUGAAAAACAUAUUAAACCUGGAAAAACUAAGUUGAUCUGGAUUGAAACUCCUACCAACCCUACAAUGAAGAUAGUGGAUAUACAAGCAGUUUCUAAUCUUGCACAUAAGUAUGAGGGUAUCUAUGUACUUGUCGAUAACACAUUUAUGUCGCCUUACUUUCAGAGACCGCUAAUGUGGGGUGCUGAUCUUGUUCUUCAUUCGGUAACUAAAUAUAUAAAUGGCCACAGUGACUGCGUGAUGGGUGUCAUAAUAACAAGUGAUGAGGCUCUCCAUGCAAAGCUUAAAUAUUUGCAAAAUGCUGCUGGUUGUGUACCAAGUCCAUUUGAUUGCUUCUUGGCAAAUCGUGGCUCCAAAACAUUGCAUGUGAGAAUGGAAAAACAUAUGAAAAAUGCUAUGGCAGUGGCAACAUUUUUAGAGAGUCAUCCAAUGGUUGAAAAGGUCAUCUACCCUGGAUUGAAGUCUCACCCUCAACACGAUUUAGUUAACAAACAGUGUUCAGGGUAUAGUGGAAUGAUAGCCUUCCAUAUUAAAGGAGGGCUAACACAAGCAAAUACUUUUUUGAAAUCAGUCAAGAUAUUUUGUUUGGCUGAAAGUUUGGGAGGAUUUGAGAGUUUAGUUGAACAUCCUGGAAUCAUGACACAUGCAUCAGUGGAAGCUGAAGAUCGAAAAAAAUUAGGAAUAUCAGAUACAUUUAUAAGAUUAUCAAUUGGACUGGAAGAUGUGGAGGAUUUAAUUGAAGAUCUUGAUUUAGCAUUAAAAGAAGCUGAGAAGUCGCUAUAUUGAAAGAUUCGGCUAUUAACUUUGAAACUUAUUAUUUUUGCAGAAAUACUGAUAAAUGAAUUUAUAUAAUUUAUAUAAACAUUUAAUAUAUAUUUAUGUGUUAAUAUAUAUUUAGGACUAUUUUAAUAAUAUAUUUUGUUAAAUAUCUUUAAAUAAGUUAUUUAUUGUUACAAAUGUCGAAAGAUAUUCUUAAAUUAAGAAUCUUAAACAAAGAAACAUGUA